AUGGCCUUUAAAAACGGACUAAGUGAACGUCUCGAUGAGCUCCGAUUUCCCUCUCCCCGCUCGCCUCCAUCGUCAGAGGCGCCCUUCCCUGGCUACUCGUCGCUUUCCCCAAGCCAUUCGAGUUUCGUUUCAGCCUUCCCGAGGCCCUCGAGCGACGUUCGUUCAAAUCUUCAACGUCGUUUUACAACCGAUGCAAGCAAGCUCUCCUCUUGGAGUUACAUGAACAAUGUCGGUCCCGCUCCUCAGAUGCCCGAUGCGCUAGAUCUGCUCUCCUCGCUUGAACUACCACUCAUUGAUCUCCAGUUUGAAAAGAAGCGGCAACACAUUGAGUACAUGCGUGAGCAAAAGCGGAGGUUUGAGGAAGACAUGAAGCUCCUUGACUUGCAACACGAGAGAGAGCAGUUGGAAAUGAAUCAAUUAGCUAAGGAUCUUGCCAAAGCUGGUAUUUCCGGACCGGUCAGCGAGCCCACGACUCCCCCAGAGUAUCGUGACAACGGCUUUCCAGGAGCCUUUUCUCGCCCGACUCGCUUUUCAACUUCCAGUGUCACCUCAUCUCCGGGUUUCUUCAACGUCUUUGCUUCCUCAGUCACCAGUCCUCCAAGUCAGUUGAAUCGCGACUCAGCUCAGACCCCAACAAAUCGCUUCGCCGUUCAUUCUGUCCCAGGAUCUCGUAGAAACUCCGAGAAGGAGGAUUUUGGAAACGAGCCCACAUCUCCCUUCCGUCCAGGGCCCUCCAUUCAUCGUUACUCCAUGCCCACCUCUGGAUUCAACAGUUCCUCUGCUCUUGAGACCUUCAACACGGCCAAGUAUCUCCUCCACAGCGACGCCGACCGGUCAAUUCUGAAGGACGAAGACAGGAUUCCUACUCCCGACAUCAAGAGCUACCUCAAGUUGACUGAACCAGACGACAAAUUUCCCACUCUAUCCCGUAGAGACGGCUCGAGCCUUCUCUCUGCGAAUUCGGACGCUUUAGAUCUCGCCAACUCCAAGACGCCUAACCCCGAAUCUUGGAAUACUCAUAGCCGCCACCGUACUUCACAUCAGAGUAUGCCCCAGAACGCCCUGAGCAUGUAUCGUCUGGGUCAUAUCAACGGUUCUGCGGACGAAUCCCACCACUCUGCUGCCCAUAACAGACACGCUUCGAGACCCUCUUCGGAAGUCAAGGUGCUCUACUCCACUGACGGCAACCAUGAGUCUAGUACUCCUACUGCAUCUGGCCGGCCUGUUCCUCUGCAAUCCUCAUACUCAACCAAUGAUCUGCCAACAGUCAAGGGUGAAGGCUUUGAUCCCGCGAUUACCCCUCCAAAGAAGCACGCUGAGCAAUAUCACCAGCACAACUCCAGCUUAGGUAGAAUUCCUGCCGGCGCUGUCACUCCUCGUCAGCAGAAAGAUUCUCCUGAGCGUGAGGAAGCCAAGCCGUAUCCACCUAGAUCGCAGCCUACGGCCUUGCAGCCUAGUGCUCCUCCAUUCGGACCUCAACUCGGCGUAGCGACCUCUGGUCAUGCCACAAUGCCGCAGGCUCCACUGACCAGCUACCAUACUCAGUACUAUUACGGUGCGCCGCAAUUCAUGCCGCCCGUGCCGGUCAAUGCGCAGUACAACCCCCCGCCCUCGUUCGCGCCCAACCAGUAUUACGGAAAUUCCGCCUACCGUCUUGCAGACAAUCAGGCUAAACCUGCGGGAUCACGCAGGAACGCGGACGGGGACUCGACUCAGCUCUCUCGUUUCCCAAACAAUCCCAUUGAAGAUUAUCGCGGCGAGAUUUAUGGCCUCUGCAAGGACCAACAUGGCUGUAGGUAUCUACAGCGGAAACUGGAGGAGCGCAAUGCGGACCAUCUUCAGAUGAUCUUUGAGGAGACACAUCGCUACGUAGUUGAACUCAUGACUGAUCCCUUUGGGAACUACCUAUGCCAGAAGCUGCUCGAGUACUCAAAUGACGAACAACGUACCGCUUUAAUUAACAACGCCGCGCCACAACUUGUUAAGAUUGCACUGAAUCAACAUGGUACCAGAGCUUUACAAAAGAUGAUCGAGUCCAUCUCCACGACCGAGCAGACACAGGCGGUAAUUUACGCGUUGAAGGACCAUGUUGUGGAGCUAGUUCAGGACCUGAAUGGCAAUCAUGUCAUCCAAAAGUGCCUGAAUCACCUCACUGCGGAACAGUCUCAGUUCAUCUACGAUGCAGUCGGCGCCCAGUGUGUGAAGGUUGGCACCCAUCGGCAUGGGUGCUGCGUUCUUCAGCGCUGCAUAGACCAUGCGUCGGGCGAUCAGCGGGCAGGCUUGAUCGAGCAAAUAACAAACAAUGCCUUCGACCUUGUGAUCGAUCCCUUUGGAAAUUACGUUGUUCAGUAUAUCCUCGACCUUGCUGAAGGCCACUUCACGGAUCCUCUCUGCCACGCGUUCCUUGGGAGAAUUCCUGCUUUGUCAAGGCAGAAGUUCAGCUCGAAUGUCAUCGAGAAAUGUCUACGAACAGCGGAGCCAGGAAUGCGCCGGCGCAUGAUUGACGAAAUGCUAACUGGUGGCGAACUGGAUAGACUGCUUCGCGAUGGUUACGCGAACUACGUUGUCCAGACUGCCAUAGACUUUGCUGAUCCUGAGACUCGCAUCCGCGUUGUUAAAGCCGUCGAACCCAUCCUACCUUCAAUUCGCAACACCCCGCACGGGCGCCGCAUUGCGAGCAAGAUAGCGGCAGAUAACUCCGGCAGGAGCAGCGCUGCGACUAGUGGCCAAGCAACGCCGAACGAAAUGAACUCGGUCCAACUUCCCCCAGGCCCAUUGCAGACGUCUCACAAGACAACAUCUGUGUAUCAACAUUCCUCUUAUUCUGUUUCUGGCGCGCAAUUUGGAAAUCAGAUCUUCGUCCCGACGGCUGGUGCCGGUCCUAACUCGAACGCACUGUCUGGUGCUGGCGAGAACUCCUCUGGUGUCUAUAAUGCCGCCGGGUUCCAGCAGCCGAAUAGCAAUCUCGGCGCCCAACCACAGUACGCUUCGUACUUCCACUGA